GAAGUGGUGCGCUAACGGCCUGUCCGAUCUGUGGCCGUUCUGUCGCUCGCCGUGCUCCCCAGGAUCGGGCGUUUUCCCGGUCACACAGCGGCCCUUUGGGUUCAAGGUUGUCGCGACGGUGGUCAGCUCGGAGGAGCAGUCAGGGAAACCGUCCUCUUCUGCAAAAUGUACAGAACCAAAGUGGGUUUGAAGGACCGCCAGCAGCUCUACAAGCUGAUCAUUAGCCAGCUGCUCUAUGACGGUUAUAUCAGCAUUGCCAAUGGCCUCAUCAAUGAAAUCAAGCCCCAGUCGGUGUGCGCACCCUCGGAGCAGCUCCUGCAUCUCAUCAAACUAGGGAUGGAAAAUGAUGACACGGCGGUCCAGUAUGCGAUUGGUCGCUCCGAUACAGUUGCCCCUGGCACAGGGAUUGACCUGGAGUUUGAUGCAGAUGUCCAGACAAUGUCGCCCGAGGCGUCCGAGUAUGAGACCUGCUAUGUCACUUCCCACAAAGGCCCAUGCCGAGUGGCCACCUACAGCAGAGAUGGGCAGUUAAUAGCCACAGGGUCUGCUGAUGCUUCCAUAAAGAUACUGGACACAGAAAGAAUGUUGGCCAAAAGUGCCAUGCCAAUUGAGGUCAUGAUGAAUGAGACUGCGCAACAGAACAUGGAGAACCACCCAGUGAUUCGAACUCUUUACGACCAUGUGGAUGAAGUCACAUGUCUUGCUUUUCACCCUACAGAACAGAUCCUGGCCUCAGGCUCAAGGGAUUAUACUCUAAAAUUGUUUGAUUAUUCCAAACCGUCUGCAAAAAGAGCCUUCAAAUACAUUCAGGAAGCUGAAAUGCUGCGCUCCAUCUCUUUCCACCCUUCUGGAGACUUUAUCCUGGUUGGGACUCAGCACCCUACGCUUCGCCUUUAUGACAUCAACACCUUCCAGUGUUUUGUCUCUUGCAAUCCCCAAGACCAGCACACCGACGCUAUCUGUUCCGUUAACUACAAUCCUAGUGCCAACAUGUACGUCACUGGCAGCAAGGACGGCUGCAUCAAGCUCUGGGAUGGCGUCUCCAAUCGAUGCAUCACAACCUUUGAGAAAGCUCACGAUGGCGCGGAAGUCUGUUCUGCCAUUUUCUCCAAGAAUUCCAAGUAUAUCCUCUCGAGUGGAAAAGACUCUGUAGCUAAGCUCUGGGAGAUCUCCACGGGGAGGACGCUGGUGAGGUACACAGGCGCGGGUCUGAGUGGACGGCAGGUGCACCGGACACAGGCUGUGUUUAACCACACUGAGGACUAUAUUUUGCUGCCGGACGAAAGGACCAUCAGCCUCUGCUGCUGGGACUCUAGGACAGCUGAGCGCAGAAACCUGCUGUCCCUGGGCCACAACAACAUCGUGCGCUGCAUUGUGCACUCACCCACCAACCCUGGCUUCAUGACAUGCAGUGACGACUUCCGAGCUCGGUUCUGGUACCGGAGGUCCACCACUGACUGAGCUGGCCCCGCUCCUAGGGUUCUUGUCUCAGGAGUCCCCCUCCUCCCUGUGUCCUGCCACCAGCUGCAGUAGUGAGCAGUUUGUACCAUCUGAGGUGGGUGUGCGCCGCCUGGCUCCUGCCUUGGAUCUGUACUUGGAGGCUCUUUUUUACCUUGCUGUAGAGUUGCGGUGGGAAAAGUUGGAAACAGACUGUGCCGUUGUCCUGGUGCAGUGAUUUCGCUGUGCUUUCCACCAGCGUAGUAAGUGCAGGACUUGCCAUGGCUUUUGACUCUUGUUCCUGGAGAAGGACAGACUAUUGAAGGACUUCGUGGCCCUGGGGGAGUCUCUCACAAGGACUGCCAUCAGGGUCUUUUGCCACCUCUUGCGCCUGUCCUGCCCCCUCUGUAUUUCCUUUCCAGAGGCAUUUUGGCUCACACAGAGGUCUGCAGCUCUGAGGAUCUCGGGUUUUGUGCCAUGUGGAACCACCGUCCAGGGAUCCCAGUCCCAUCUUGAGGUGACGUCAUUGGGUAAUAAAGCUCAGAUCUACAA